AUGGCGCAUAAUGAAAGUACAUCCAAUUUCAAAGACCUCAGUAAUCUUGAGUUUGGUGAAUCAACACACGGUCUUGAGUCUGAUGAGCCGAUAUAUGAUCUUGAAUUUAAUGGACCAACGUAUGAUUCAGUAGUUGUUGUUCAAGAAAAUAAAGAUGUCGGAUUGGACUGUUCCAAAGAGAAGUUAUACGAAGGAAUGGUAUUUAAAAGUUGGGAAGAAGCAUUUGACACGUUAGAACUAUAUUCUCAAUAUGAAGGGUUUAAGCUAAGGAAAGGACGUUAUCAGGAGUUUGUUCAAGAUUUUUACACCGCUAGAAAUUCUCUUGUUCCGGAAGUUUUUGAACAAAAAUGGAAACAGUUAAUUAAGAAAUAUAAUGAGCCUAGAGUUGUAAAGUAUCUAAAAACAUUAUAUUCUUCAAAAAAAGCAUGGACACAAAUUCCAUUGACAUCGUCUGCCGCUACAUUACCGCAAACAUUAUUUCCCGAACUCGAUAAAGCUUUGAGUCGGUUUAUUACGCCUGAAAUACAAAAAAUUCAGCGUGCUGAAAUUAAAAGUUGCCUAAAUUAUCAUGCAUCUGCUAUCACAAAAGAUGAAAUGAUUAAAUAUCAAGAGAAUCUUAUUCUAUUUAAGCCCGAGUCAGAUAAUAUCUCGUUUGUAGAAGAUGACGAAGAUAUUAUGCAAAUUUCAAUUAAGUAUAUAUUGGAAAAUAUAGACAUCAACGAAAUAGAGGAAAUCUGGGCCAUCCGUAUAAUUAUAGCUUCGACAUUUUGUCAUUUUGUUGACAUUCAUGGCGAUUUACAGGAAGAGCCUUAUUAUGUUGCCACACGUUUUAGUAAGAACUUUUCUCAAGAUCAACCUACAGAAUUCACAAGGUCUAACAUAAAUAGAUUGUUUACACCGGCUGAUCUCCGGGACAAAAGAAAGGAAAACAUUAAUGAACGAAAGCUAUAUGGAGAAUUAUGGGGAGUUGCACGAAAUAUCACGCAAAAGGCAGUUCAACUUCAUAGACAAGAUGUUCUUGAAAAGCUACAAAAUUUAUUAACUGAAAUACAGGAAGAAGAGUUAGUAAACAGCCCAGCCAAUGAUGAUAAUGAGGAGAUGUACAGUAAUAGCUUAGACGAUAAUGAAGAAUAUGAAGAAACUAAUUCAUUAUCUGAUAUACCUCUUCAAAAUCCAAAAAAACGUAAGGCGAAAGGACGACCAAAAAGUUCUAAACGAAUCAAGCGAUCAGAGGAAUUAAAGCCGGCCAAACGUCAAAACCAAUGUGGGAAUUGUGGCGA